AUGGCCACCACCGGAACAGAGGCUACCGCCACUACCACUGGGCUGCCUGUUACGAGCAGUCUCUCGGAUAAUCGGCCCGAACCAGCCUGGCUCACCCAUAUAAAGGAAGAAAUGCUGCGGGAUGACUUUGAUGACGACGAGCGGGGCAAAUUGACCGCUCUCCGUACCAUGCUCGAAGCGCCCGGUGACGACGCAGUGGCCGCCAAGCAAGCUGCCCGAACCGUCCUUGAUCUUUACAAUAACGGCUGGCUUCGCAAGCACCCAAAAUGGCUUCUGGGAUUGAAAGAUCACGGAUUGGUAAAUUAUCUGGCCGAGAUUGCCGAGUUCACGCUUGAGUUGGGCUUCUUCGUUUCUUUCGGAAGCUCGGAGCUCAAUCGGGCUUUCCUCCUCCUCAUUGAGCUGGAAGCGCUUGGUCCAGAGGCAUUUGGUGUCAAGGACCCCGGCUUUAGCUACUACAAACACGCCAUGGCGAUUGCGCUACGCGAAGUCUGCCAUGGCUCAAUGGCGCCCCGCCAAGCAGUAGGCCCCCGUGUGACGGCUGCCGAGAUUAGGAAGAGAUGCGAGAGAGCCCUCUGCGUCUCCGAUCUCAUGGCCAAGCUAUACGUGGCUGGUCUCCUCAAUCAUUACGAGGAGCCGUAUAUAUAUCCGGCCUGCAAUAUUUACGACGGACUCUGCUUAAGACCCGGCCGACCUGGACCACCACCAGCUACGGAGCUCGCUCGGAGGUGCGGCGUGAAGAUCGCUGCCCAGGGCAUUUUAAUUGCUGGCGAAAGCCUGGCACGGGAGAUCAAAUCAGGGCCCCCAAGGAGGCUCCUGCAUUGUGGCGAAUACGAGUGGAAGGUGUGGGAAAAGGAGUUCAGGAGGCUUUCGAAGGCCAUCCCCGAUGACGCGGAGUGGGGGCUGAAGGAGGAUGUUCUCAAUGCUCACGCCAAAAUCCUUGAGUUGUUUCCAGAAUGGUUUGGAGCAGACAGACGUCAGUAG